AUGGCGAAGGUCCGUCUGGGGGUCAAGCACCGACACACGGAGACCAGUGAUGAUAUUGACCCUGAUUCUCUCAAAGAUGAACCACCAGAAGUGAACAGCAGAGCUGAAAUGGAAAUUGGCAGGUACCACUGGAUGUGCCCUGGCUCAAAGAACCACCAGUACCAUCCCGUGCCAUCCCGUGGUGACAGGGCUAGCCACUUGAGCAGUCCAGGGUGCUUUGAAUGCUGCAUGAAGUGUCUGGGAGGAGUCCCCUACACCUCCCUGGUGGCCACCGUCCUCUGCUUCUCUGGAGUUGCCCUGUUCUGUGGCUGUGGGCACGUGGCUCUCACAGGCACUGUGGCGAUUCUGCAGCAACACUUCUCCACCAACACCAGUGACCAUGCCUUGCUGAGUGAGGUGAUCCAACUGAUGCAGUAUGUCAUCUAUGGGAUCGCGUCCUUCUUCUUGUAUGGCAUCAUCCUGCUAGCUGAAAGCUUUUACACCACAAGGGCAGUGAAAGAACUGCAUGGCAAAUUUAAGAUGACUGCCUGUGGCUGAUGCAUCAGUGGCAUGUUCGUUUUCCUCACCUACGUGCUCGGAGUUGCCUGGCUGGGCGUGUUCGGUUUCUGGGCAGUGCCUAUGUUCAUGUUCUACAACAUCUGGUCAGCCUGUGAAGUCAUCAAAACGCCAGACAAUGGCACAGCGGCCGUGGAGCAGAUCUGCGUCGAUGUCUGGCAAUACGGUAUCAUUCCUUGGAAUGCAUUACCAGGAAAGAUCUGCAGUUCUGCCCUGGAGAACAUCCGCAACACGAAGGAGUUCUACAUGUCCUAUCACCUGUUCAUUGUGGCCUGUGCUGCAGCGGGUGCCACUGUCAUUGCUCUGAUCCACUUCCUCAUGAUACUGUCUUCUAACUGGGCUUACUUAAAGGAUGCAAGCAAAAUGCAGGCUUACCAGGACAGCAAAGCAAAGGAAGAACAGGAACUGCAAGAUAUCCAGUCUUGGUCAAAAGAACAACUCAAUUCUUACACGUACAUGUUUGCCAGAGCUUCAGCCGGCGACUUCACAGCUCUGCAAAUCAUCAGACCGCUGCUCGGCAGUACACAUGUGCAUCCCACCAAACUAAUGUAG